AAUCGUGACAGUCAUAUGAUUUUGUAGAAGAGGACUGAAGAAGACGAGUCUUGAUAUCUAGUUUGGCAUUGGUUUUUUUAUGUGAACAUUUUUACGUGAACGUGAGGAAAUUUUUAUCUCGAAAUGAAAGGGUGCCUGUUCAAUAUCGAUGGCGGUUACCUGGAGGGUUUGUGUCGUGGUUUCAAAUGUGGCAUACUUCAACAGAGCGAUUACUUAAAUCUAGUUCAAUGUGAAACACUCGAAGAUUUGAAGCUACACUUAGCUGGUACAGAUUAUGGCAGUUUUUUGGCUAAUGAGCCAUCUCCGCUUUCUGUAAGCGUGAUUGAUGACAAGUUGAGGGAAAAACUGGUUGUGGAAUUUCAGCAUAUGCGUAAUCAUUCAGUUGAGCCUCUGUCUCAAUUUUUGGAUUUUAUCACUUAUAGUUAUAUGAUUGACAAUAUCAUUUUGUUAAUUACUGGUACUUUGCAUCAAAGACCUAUCUCAGAAUUGAUCCCAAAAUGUCAUCCACUUGGUAGCUUUGAACAAAUGGAAGCGAUUCAUGUUGCUGCCACACCUGCCGAGUUGUACAAUGCGGUACUAGUGGAUACACCUUUAGCACCUUUCUUUGUGGAUUGCAUUUCUGAACAAGAUUUAGAUGAGAUGAAUAUCGAAAUAAUAAGAAACACGCUUUACAAGGCAUAUCUGGAAGCGUUUUAUAAAUUUUGUAAAGAGCUUGGUGGUACAACUGCAGAUACUAUGUGUGAAAUACUUGCUUUUGAAGCAGAUAGAAGAGCGAUCAUUAUAACCAUCAAUUCAUUUGGCACUGAAUUAGGUAAAGAUGACCGUGCAAAAUUAUAUCCACGCUGUGGACGUUUGAAUCCAGAUGGACUGGCAGCCUUAGCAAGAGCCGAUGAUUAUGAACAAGUAAAGGCUGUAGCAGAAUAUUAUGCAGAAUACAGCGCCUUAUUCGAAGGUGCAGGUAAUAACCCUGGUGACAAGACCUUGGAAGACAAAUUCUUCGAGCACGAGGUUCGUUUAAAUGUCCAUGCAUUUCUUCAACAAUUUCAUUUUGGAGUGUUCUACAGCUACUUGAAAUUGAAGGAGCAAGAGUGUCGUAAUAUUGUAUGGAUCGCAGAAUGUGUUGCUCAAAAACAUCGGGCUAAAAUAGAUAAUUAUAUCCCUAUAUUUUAA